AUGCACCCGACUGCGCGCAAGCGACAGAAGCUCGAGCGCACGGCCGCGAGCGACGGCGGCAACCUUGUCGAGGCGCUGUCCCGACUUCGAGCCCAGGCAGCCUUCUUCGCCGCACCCGGCACAGACGCAGGCGAGCUCCAGCGCGAAAUCUCGACACUCAACCAGCGCAUCGCUGCCUUUGAGGGCGCGCUCGCGCAGGCCGAGGCGGGUGAGGUCGACAGGCUCAUCGGUCGCGGGUGGAAGGACGAGUUGGACGGGACGGGCACGCUGCUGUGGAACAAGUCGACUGCGCUCAAGCUCGCACAGGAUGACGAUGGGCAGGACCAGCGCGUCAAGCUCGGCGUCGUGGCCAGCCUUCGCCACGCCGGCUAUCGCCUGAUCCGCCUCGGUGCUCUUGAGCCUCUCACGACCGAGGCUCGUCUUUCGCACCUCUCGCUCGCAACCAAGACUGCCUCUGCUUUCCUCGACGCCAGCCAGACGAGCAAGGCAGACAAGCUCCUCGUCGACGCAGCCGCCCUCGCUGCCGACCUCGACGACGAACCCGCUCAAGAUCCUGCUUUCCUCUCGGAGCGCGCCAAAGCCCUCCUCGCUCACUACUGCUGCCGCAUCCGCUCAGCCAACGCGAGCGGCGUCGACACUAUUGCUUGCUGGGUUCGCGAAAAAGCGCGAGACCUGGUCCAGCAGGGGAACCUCCCGCGCCGGGAGACCGACAAAGUCGCCCGUGUUGCCUACGAGGUCGGAGCUGCUGCCAUUGCAGGCGAGAAAGGCGCUGCGGGACAAGACAGCAGCUCUGCCAUCGACUGGCUGCAAUGCGCGCUCGCUGUUCUCGAACGCGACGGUCAAGACGACGCUUCGCGCGCGCUGCAGCUCGCUACCCUCAAGACUCUCGCUCAAGCCUAUCUCGUCGCAACGCCUUCGCCCGAACACUGGGAAAAAGCGGAGGAGACGAUCAAGCAAGCCCUUGAUCUUGAACCGUCCGCUUCGCUCGCUCGCCGCCUUGUCAAGCUUGUCAUCGCUCGCAACGGCAGCGAUGCUGAGAUUACGCAAGCCUGCCUUGCCGCCUUCAAGGUCAUCUCGCAGAACCAGGAUGAGAUCAGGCGCCUGAUCGCGACGCUUGAAGCCCUCCCUGCGUCGAAGCGCCCUCUCCGCUCCCAGCUUCUCACAGAUGCCGUCGAGAUGCUCAGCACUGACGCCAGCAACGCCGGCGCGAACAGCUUGGUCAUCUCGCAGAUCCUCCUCGCCUCGUUCGUGCAGGCGCAGGACACCGACAAGCGUCACCUCGUCAAGAUGCUCGAGAGGCUCGACAAGAACAUGCCCGCCUUCCGCCUCGACGCGAACGACGCCUUCACCUGCAUGACCUACGUCUGGCGCCACGGGGAGAAGGCUGCACAGGACCGUCGUCCGUCCGAUGCAAUCGGCUGGUUCUUGCUUGUCCAGCACGCCGCUUUCGGUUCGCUGGAGACGAAGGUCAAGGCCAAGGUCCUCAGGAAAGCGGUCGUCGAGAUGCUGUCGGAGAAGGACUCGGCUAGCGCUCAAAAGGUCCUGCAAGACCCGGUCCUGCUCGAAGACGUCGCGAAGAACCACUUCCUCCGCUUCCGCUCCUUCCUCGACGAGCCAAGCAAAGCUCUCGCCUGCCUGCAAGCAAUGACCCAAUCCUCCGACUUCUCGCCCAAACUCCUCAUGUGGGCGCACAAAAUCGCUUCGGAGCAGGGCAAGCAGGACCUCGCGGCCAGGAUCCUUUCGAUAGUCGGUCAAGUCUGCAGCGAAGGUGCGGUCGCAGACGGAACCGAUAUCGACUUGAUGACCUUGACCCGUGCAAUCGCUCGCAAGCACCUCGACGCUCUCGCCAAAACGUCGCCCGAGGACCAGGAAACGAGCGUCCGCGCCCUCGUCAAGCAGCUCGAAGCCGGCUACGACCUCGCUCGCUCACUCGCCGGUCAAAACGAUCCGGCUUCUUUGCGCAAAGACCUCGCCUGGUUCUACAAGACAGCCUUCAACCACUGCGUGGAGCACGGCGCCGGCUGGAGCAGCGAACUCUCGACGGCCGUCUUCGCCAUCACCGCCAAGCUGAUCGAAUUCGACCUCGAGCUCGCCAAGAUUUCGGAUCCUGUCCUCAAGGGUAAGCUCGUUGCUUGCAGGCUCGCGACGUUUCGCGAGAGGGUCGCCUCGGCGCGCAAGGCAAAGGGGGAGAAGAAGACCGAAGAGUACCGCCAGCUUCUCGCCGAGGCCGACAAGCUCAUCAAGCAACUCGAACGCUCGCCGGCUUCUCAGUCUGAGAAGGCCAACGAGUUGCUCGCCGCUGCGUACGCCCUGAAGGUCGAAGCGCAUGCUGAGCUCGACGAAUGGAGCUCCCUCGUCUCGUUUGUCGAUGCCGCCGAACUUUCGACCUCUCGCUUGCCCAUCUCGGUCGUCAAGCUCGUCGUCGACAGGGCGACCUCGACCGCCUCGACCUGUCCUGCCGAUGCGAUGUCGAAGAUCCUUCGCAAGACGCUCGCGAUCCUCUACAGCAGGAGGGAGGUCGAGAUCGCUGAGAUGGCUCUCUGGCUUCGCCUCAUCGUCUCGGUCCUCAUCCACCGCAACGACCGCGACCAGGCACUCGCCUACGUCGAGAACGCCGCGCACUUCAUCGCGCAGCACCAGGACGAUUUUCCGGAGGACGAGGCGAACUGGAUGCUCGCGACGGCCUGGGACGAAGGCCUCGACUUGUUCGCUUCCGCCUCCCCCAUCGCAGGCGAGAAGUGGUGCUCACUUGGCUUGAACAUCGCGAAGACUCUUGAGGGAGUCACGGAGGCCGAGGCACUCGAAUCGGGACUUGCAAAGCAGGCGCGUCCGAUGGAGACGAACCUCGCGGAGCUCAAGUCGAGGUACGGCGGGAGCGGGAGCGAGGCGGGCGGAGACGAAGACGUCGAGAUGGCCUGA